AUGAUAGAUGAUGUGGUAACCGAUGAUGAUUUCUUACGUCCUGAUGCUGUGCUAAUGGAGAAUUUGCACAAGGCACAACCAUGGAAGUCGGCACCGCGGUACUUCCGCAGUGUGCGAGUGUCAGUGCUUGCCGUGUUGCAAAUGCUGAGCCACUCCGAUCGAGGGAGGCCAAAUGUGGUCCUCUCCGAUGGCCAAGCAAUUCUCUCGUCACCACAAACUACGACGGAUACCCAGCGGCGUGAGAAUUGGUUUGAGGUGAUGGGACUACUCCUUGGCCAUUUCCGGGAAAAUGAGUUAAUCGUGACCUCCACCUUCGCCCUUCCUGUCGAUGCGUCAGAGGUGGAGUGCUCAAUGAACGAAGCCUCGCAGAUGUAUAUGUUGGAAUAUCUUCAGUACCACCAGCGUACGGGUUUCGGUGUAAAGUGUGGGUGGAACGCGGAGGAGGAAAAGGAAGUAGACGAGGAAAUUGAAGAAGCGGAGUGUUGUGUUGGGUGGUACCACAGUCACCCCGGUUAUACGUGCUUCCUUUCAGGCACCGAUGUCGCGACGCAGAGGGUAGGGCAAGCAGCACAGGACCCCUGGUUGGCCAUUGUUGUUGACCCCGUGCGAACGAUUUCUACAGGAAGGGUGGACAUGCGUGCAUUCCGCACUUUUCCGGAGGGAGCUGUCGGGGACGGCACGGAGUCAACCUCAGCGGAUUCAACCGGCAUUGGGGCCGCACCCAGACAAUGUGGAUUCCACGAUCCGCUUGUAAGGGAAUAUGGAGCACAUGGACACUGUUAUUACGAACUUCCCAUCACACUUGUGCGCAGCACGAACGACGAAAAACUUUUGGAGCAUAUGUUGUCGCGCGACUGGGCAGCGCCCCUACGUGGAAGUCCCUCCUUAGGAAAGCGACACGAUGCAGUUCAGCAAAUUCAGCAAAUAACCGCCUUGCUGGAGGGCGUUUCUCCGAGUCAUGAAGGGAAGGAUGGCAGCGGAAGCAGGACACGUGAGUUGCAUCGGCAGCAGAAUAACCGGGAAGGUGGCCGCCGUGGUGCCACUGCAGUGACUGAUGCCUCAGUUACGGAUGUGGAGCAGUUGUGUCGACUGGCAGAAACAUUGGCAUUGGAGGCAAAAUUAGGGGCCGUUGUGCAAGGGACGAAAAGGACGCUUUUUGCGCCCCAAUACGGUGUCGAUCCACUUUGA